AUGGCCAAAAGCGAAAGGCAAAGACGAAGUUUGAAGAGUGAGGACUUCUAUUUUGACUCGGACGCAUCUCUCUUGGACCAGCAGGAUUUUGAGAUGUCUAACUAUGCUUUCGAUGAUGUAUUCAACUCUAAAGACUCCGACAUGGAUCAGAUCGGCACUUUUCUGAAAAAUUUAACGCUGGGAAAAAGCAUAGCAAAGGAAGACAACCGGAAAAUAAUGACCGCUGUCCAGCUCAUAAAUAUCCAGAGAUUAUUGGAAGCUGCGGAAUAUUUAGAAAGGAGAGACCGAGAGUGUGAACAUGGAUAUGCUUCGACAUUUCCCUCAAAUGAGAGUACGAACUAUCAGCGGCAGAGAAAAUUCCGAAACAAGAAGUUUAGCAGUAACCACAAUAGGUCGACACAUAACGAGCUGGAGAAGAAUAGGCGAGCUCACCUGAGACUGUGUCUGGAGCGUUUGAAGGCCUUGAUUCCUCUGGGACCGGACUGCAACCGCCACACCACUCUGGGCCUGCUCAACAAAGCCAAAGCACAUAUUAAGAGACUUGAAGAUGCGGACAGGAAGAGCCAGUAUCAGCUGGAGUCUCUGGAGCGCGAGCAGCGACACCUCCAGCGCCAGCUCGAGCUUCUGAGGGGUGGAGUCGGAGCUUCCAGCCCAGCGGAGAGCGAGCGGAUACGCAUGGACAGCGUGGGCUCCACCCUCUGUUCUGACCGCUCCGACUCUGACCAAGAGGAGAUUGAGGUGGAUGUAGAAAGCACUGAGUUCUCCCAUGGAGAGCUGGACAGUGUGAGCACGGCCAGCACCAGCGACCUGGACGACCACAGCAGCCUGCAGAGCAUGGCCAGUGACGAGGGUUACUCCUCCUGCAGUGUCAAACUUGCCUUUUCCUCCUAG